AUGAGCACACAGGUCCACCUCCCUGAAAAUUCCCACGGGAACGAAAAUGUCCAGGGCACACCAACCCUGUCCCUUCUCAGCCAAGAGUUAUUCAAACCAUAUUCUCAUCAGUCAGCUCCAGCUGAAUCUGUUGCUGUCAGUUACCUUCGAGCCCAGGCCAUAGGAAGAGCAUACGGUCUUACCGUCCAAGAUGUGCUGCAUCUCACUCCAAAGUUCUGGCAGAUGCAUACCGAUAUGGCCAUGGGCAUGGAUGCUGCAGCUCUUACGCUGGUGACUAUCCAGUACAAUCUUGCUGCAGGGACAAUUGCACCCUACAUGAAGAAAAGACCCGAUCUUGUGCAGCUUAUGGACAAUAUCUUGCAGUUCAACUAUUCUGCUCAGUUCCUCUUAACAGAAAUUGGACACGGUCUGGAUGCUGCCAACCUUGAGACCAGGGCUACACUUCUCCCAAAUGGCGAAUUUGACUUCCACACCCCGACUGCAAAUGCAGCAAAGUACAUGCCGCCAACGUCUCCAGUAGGGCUUCCACGCGUAGCUGUUGUUAUCGCCCGACUCAUCGUCAAAGGCGAAGAUCGCGGUGUUAGACCGUUCAUUGUCUGGCUGAACGAUGGCCAUAAGAUGUGUGAUGGCGUUACAUGCAAGGUCCUCCCUCGCAGGACUGGCUCAAAACCUGUCGAUCAUUCUCUAACGUACUUUAACCACGUACGUUUACCGGGUUCAGCACUUCUAGGAUCUCUCGAUACACCUGUCAACAUGCGUUUAAACUUUCUGGCCACUAUCUGGCGCGUUGGCGUUGGCACUCUCGCCCUUUCGACUUCCAUGAUACCGAUGCUAAAGAGAGGUCUCUAUGUGGCUGGAAAGUACAGCAUGCGACGAACAGUCCAAGGAUCACAUAACAAGCCAAUGGCGAUUAUUGGCUUCCGUACACAACAGCGUCCAAUCCUGCAUGCCCUGGCGCAGGUAUAUGUAUUCGAUGCGUAUGCUGAGGACAGUGCCAGGUUGUUUGUGGACACCCGUAUCGAAGGGCCAGUCCGUCAUGGCAUUGGGACUGUUCUUAAGGCAGUGGUCAAUCAAGCUACACAAGGCAGUCUCCACUCCCUAGCAGAACGAUGCGGUGCACAGGGCCUUUUUGAGUACAACAACAUCAUUGAGUCACAGCUUGAAGGAAGAGGAAUCUCAGUUGCAGAGGGAGACGUCUUGGCACUAUGCAUCCGGCUAGCCUCCGAGCUUCUGUUAGGGAGAUAUCAAAUGCCAGCGCCAAGGAACCCUCAGAGCUUGCUGGCACUUCACGAGAGAGGCCUGUUCAAGGAAUGCUGGGGUUUGAUGAAGACCAUAAAAGGCGGACAUCGCAGUGAUGAGUUUAACAAUCUGAUCCUUCCUCGUUGCCAGCCCCUUAUUGAGGCAAUUGGCCAGCGCAUGGCAUAUGAGGCAGCUUCGCAGGCAGGCGUCCACCCAGAUCUGCUAGCACUCUAUGAGAUUGGUGCCAUAAUGCAAGACCCUAGCUGGUACGUCCAACACGCCGGGUUGGGCCGGGAAGCCCAGUUUAUGAUGGAGGAGAAGGCCUUGAACGCUGUCUUGCCGCGCCUUGAGGAGCUUCUUGAGGGAACUGGUGCUGGGCCGUAUUGCGAUGCACCCAUCCUUUCCCAAGGCGCAUGGGAUGCUUUUAUUGACCGUCUUGUCAAGUACGAGACGCCCCGUUCCGAUAAGACCCAGGGAGUCAUUAAUCGCACCAGCAGGCUAUGA